AUUGAUGUAUGUACGCAAAAAUAUUUCUGUCAUCCAGUUCGGGGGCACUCAGAUUGUUUUUAAGUAGAUUAUCCAAUAAUGUUGAUUCAGUCAUCAUAAUGUUUGCAGUAUAUCCAUCGAACACAUUCAUAUUCCCUACAAAAAAAAUCAGCUUGAAUGAAGUCUUUUUGCCACAAUAAUAAUAAUAAUAUUUAUGCUAUAGUGAUCAUCAUUCAAGCUGAUCUUUCUUCUCUCAUGAGCAACGGAAAGGACUAUUAUCAAUAAAUUAUUUUAAGAAGAAGACAAAUUUACUCUUUGUACAGCAAUUGCUCAAAUUUUAUUUAAAAUUUACACUCGUGACACGUUAUUAAUUUUCGUACAUCCCGUCCAUGACUUUAGUUGUCUGUUAGUACUCGUAUAGUUCAGAAGCAAAUUUGCCUUGAACAAAUACCUUUGCUAAUAAUUUAAUUUGAAAUUAUAAUUCCAUUUUUUUGUGACUCUUGACACUUUUGCCUGCGCAAAGCAUUUAAUGAAAAUUAUAAGUCGAUUAAGGCAUAAUUAAAAAUUAUAGAACCAAAGAAUCUUUAACGGAUUUGAUUUUUCGUCAUCAGUGAAUGUUCAAAAAUUAAAUUCUUAUUACCAAAAUGAAUCAAAUUUUCAAAUCAACCUCGAAUCUAAUUCGUACGGUAAGCAACAUUAAUAAGAUGCCUUGCCCAUUCCUAACACGUCUCAGCUCGACGUAUGUCCGUAAUUACGCUCCAAUUCUUGUAAAGAAUUUUGGCAAUCAAUGUCCAGUCGUAACUCGUGCAAUCUCACAAUUGCAAAAUGCUACCGGUGCAACAACAAUCCAAUCUCAAGAUCGUAAAUUGAGCUCAGCUCAGACUCAAGAGAAGAAGAAUGCUGUUCCAGCUUUGGAUGAAGUCAACUCUCAUAUGAAGAAAGUUGAUGGAGAAAUGCUUGAGGAUAUUCCAAUGCGUGAAACUCCAGCUUCCUUCAAUUAUGAAGACUUCUUCCAUGAACAAAUCAUGAAAAAGAAGAAGGAUCAUUCCUAUCGUGUCUUUAAGAAAGUCAAUCGUAUGGCUGGUGAGGGUCAAUUCCCAGCUGCUAAGGAAUACUCAAAAGGUGAGCAUCCAAUAACUGUUUGGUGCUCAAAUGACUACCUUGGAAUGUCAGCUCACCCAGAAGUUAAGAAAGCUAUCCAUACUGCACUUGAGGAACAUGGUGCUGGUGCCGGUGGUACCCGUAACAUCUCUGGAAACUCAUUGAUGCACGAAAAUUUGGAAAAGACAAUGGCUGAGUUGCAUCAGAAAGAAGGUGCUCUCGUAUUCUCAUCAUGUUAUGUUGCAAACGACUCUACAUUGUUUACUUUGGCACGUCUCUUACCUGGAUGCCACAUCUUCUCCGAUCAUGGAAAUCAUGCUUCCAUGAUUCAAGGCAUCAAGAAUAGCUUGGUCCCCAAGCACGUCUUCCGUCAUAAUGACCCAGCUCACUUACGCGAACUCAUCUCGAAAAUUCCCAAGGAAACCCCAAAAAUUGUUGCUUUCGAGACUGUCCAUAGUAUGACUGGUGCUGUCUGUCCAUUGGAGGAACUUUGUGAUAUUGCUCAUGAACAUGGUGCUAUUACUUUUGUUGAUGAAGUUCAUGCUGUAGGAUUAUAUGGUGAACAUGGUGCUGGUAUUGGUGAACGUGAUGGAAUUAUGCAUAAGAUGGACAUCAUCUCUGGAACUUUAGGAAAGGCCUUCGGAAAUGUUGGUGGAUAUAUUGCUUCAACUGCUAAUUUGGUCGAUAUGAUUCGUUCUUAUGCUGCUGGCUUCAUCUUUACUACUUCAUUGCCUCCAACUGUACUUUGUGGUGCUAGAAAGGCUGUUGAAAUCCUUGCAUCUGAAGAGGGCCGUCAACUUCGUGAACGUCACCAAAACAAUGUGCGUUACUUGCGCAAUAAAUUAAAGGCUGAAGGAUUCCCAGUUGAACAUACUCCAUCCCACAUCAUUCCUGUUAAACUCGGAAAUCCACAACAAACAACUGCAAUCUCGGACAUGUUAAUGCAAGAUUAUGGACACUAUAUUCAGGCAAUCAAUUAUCCAACUGUAGCUCGUGGUGAUGAAAAACUUCGUUUGGCUCCAACACCAUAUCAUGUUCCUGAAAUGGCUGAUGUUCUUGUUGCUGACAUGAAAACUGUAUGGAACAAAUUGGGAUUACCAUUAAAAGGAAUGAAAUGUCCAGAGGCAUGUCAAUUCUGCCGCAAGCCCUUGUUGUUCGACUUUUAUGAAUCACGCACACGUAGCAAUACCCAUGAUAGUGACUGUCAAGUUUCAAACUGUCCACAAAAAGUUGCAGCAGUCCAAUAAACAGAAAUAUCAAUAGCAUGUUGCAAGCAAAAUAUCAACGAGAUGCACAAUAAAAAUCAAAAUUAUAAACAAAAUUCAUAAAGACAGCUUUCAAUGUCCAUUAAAUCUAAUUUAUGGGACAAUAAAGUGAUAAAAUAUUUUAAUUCUUUUCGAUCUUAAAAAA